GAAUUUAUAUGCUUAUCGCAUCACUCUACUUCCCCUCAACAUUUUUCCUUUUGUAUAAUUGCUAUUUGCUCUUGUAUCCAUCUAUUGCUCUAUCAGACAUUUUCUGCUUAUUUCGUUCGCUGUAGCUUCUUCAAGUAGACAAUUUAAUUCCUAGAUUAAAUGGCUGGUCAAUCAGAUCCUCAGCUGAACCUAUUUUCUGCAGAAGAGGUCGAGUUUGUUGCUGAAGAUGAAAUGUUGGAGAUUGUUCCUAAUAUGAGAAUGGAUUCUCUGCAUUUGAUCUGUGGGGAUUAUGGUCCAUUCUAUCCCCAAAUAGCAACUGAAGUUCCGUUGUGGCUAGCGAUUGCUCUGAAAAAAAGAGGGAAAUGUGCAAUUAGGACUCCAGAGUGGAUGUCAGUGGAAAAGUUGACGCAAAUUUUGGAGGCAGAACGAGAUUCUCAAGGAUCUUUCCAGAUAUUACCCUUCCAUUACGUGGAAAUAUCAAAGCUUCUUUUUGACCAUGCACGAGAUGACGUUCCUGACAUGUAUUUGGUGAGGUCUCUUAUUGAAGAUAUCAGGGAUGUUAGGUUUCACAAAGUUGAAACCAGCUUGGAGUCAAUUGAUACACGCACAUCUGCAGUGAAGAUUAAAGAUCUAUCUGCCAUGGAAGUGAAUAUAGUUCGACCGUUCGUUGUUAGAGCACUUCAAGCAAUUUACAAGCAUGGAAAUCCAGAAUUGGUCCCAGAUCAAGAUAGGAUAACCAAUAUGCAGACACAAGGACACGAGCAUGGACAAAGACGACCUCUUCGAAGACGGUAGAGUUUGAGUUGAUCUUAACAGAUACAAUCUGAUUUUGCUCAGCAGUGCUAAACGAAAGCCAGGAUGGAUUCUUCUUCAAUAUCAAUUAAAGGUUUCGCUUUUUUCUUUUCUUAUUUUAGUUAAACUCUCUUCUAGAUCCUUCCUUUAUUACUAGAAGUGUAGAGAUAUAAUGCUAAUGGUAGAUUUAUUAGCAUAAUAGGCGUACAUUGGUCCAUGUAGUGAUAUUUAUUUACAGUAGAUGAAAGGUCAAAGAUUCUAUUGUUUUCUCCCUCA